AUCCGCUGUCAGCUAAGUACAUUGAGGUUAGAAAAUAUUUUCGGGAAAGUUAACCUCGUCAGUUUCCAUUGUCAGUGUUAAAAUAAACCCCAUCAAGUUUUCGAGAAUAUUAAAAACUCCAAUUGAAGUUCAGAGGAUAAUCAUCGAAUAAUCCAUCAUCAUAAAAAUCAAAAAAUCGUCGAUUUUGCAGUUCUGAAAAGGUACACAGAUUCCCCAAAUUUUCGACCGUCUCAUUAGACUAUCAAUCAAUCGAACCUCAAACAAUUGAAGGCAAGAAAAAACAAAGAAAAAUUACAUAAUGGAAACAUCGGACAAUGAGCAGUACAUAACGUACUCUCUGUCAUCUGUCCAUGACAUUCAGCAAACAAUAAUUUCCCACGAGGAGGUGUGCGAGCCCACGGUAUCAGUUCUCUCCGAGACGCAUGCAGAGAUUCUCUGUGAAAAAUCCUCCUCUGACGACGAGAAUUCCAUCGUCUACCCAAUAUACAUAAAGCAAGAGGAAACUCCGCAGUACACAUCUGGGGAUGACGAGUCGAUGGCAGUGGAGGCACUUCGGCAGUUGGGGGGAAUGUACCCCACCUUUGACGAAAAAACAAACGCAACAAAUUCUGAGAUGGACGACAAUCUGUCCCCUGAUGAUAAAAUCACGAAGGAGACGGCUAGCCCGACGAAGAAAGUGCCAGCGUCGUCAGGGGGCAAGAAUUUUGGAAAAUACUCGUGUCAAACGUGUGGCGAGAAGUUCGACAGGAAACUAGAUCUGAAUAACCAUAUGGUUUGCCAUCAGGUGGAUCGUCCCCACGCCUGCAGAACUUGUGGCAAUCUCUUUCGCUCGAAAGCUAGCCUGCAAACUCACAUAACUCAAGUACAUAAUCAAGAGAAGUCCCACAAGUGUACAAUAUGUGGGGCAGAUUUUCAAAGGCCAUCGUCACUGUCCAAUCACAUGAAAAUUCACACGUACGUCGCUGGCCGAGCAUUGGUAUCUCAAUCAGAAAACUUAUCGGAGUCUCCAACAUGUUCAGGGCAGGCAGUUGAAAAUUAUCAAGUGACCCAGGUGAAUUGGCAGAGUUACACAUUCCAGACUGAUCAGAAUGAACUGGAUCAAGAGAAAGUCGAACUGCAGGAGUUUACCGUACUGCCUAAUGGUGAGGUCGCUCAGUUUGAGUAUCCCCAGACCUAUAAUCUUAACCUGGAGGGCCUCCCCUUUGAUCAGAAAAAAGGCCAGUUCCUGACAGUCGAAGUGGAGCAUAAGCCAGUGCAAUUCACUUGCAGCCAAUGUGGCAUAAGUUUUACGAGAGCAACGGCCCUAGCUUCGCACGAAAAAAUCCACAAAGCCUGGACGAUGCCAAUAGAAUGUGAAUACUGUGACAAACAAUUUCAGGACAGCAAUCAUUUGGCGUCCCACCAGACAACAUGCGCCAAGAAAUUGAUGCUGAACAACGGUGACAGCGCCAAUGGCAAGUGGUCCAAACACGCCUGUUCUGAAUGCGGUAAAAAAUUCACGACUAAGCAAAAGAUGUUUCGACAUCAGUGGAUUCAUCGGAAGAAGACGCACUCUUGUGAGGUCUGUGGGGCACAAUUUGAGAAGCAGAAUCAGCUCGAUGAGCACAGGUUGUCGGCACAUCCUGGUAUUUCUCCGUUCACGUGUUCAGAAUGUGGAAAGUGUUUUGUGUCGAGACAGGGCCUGUGGGAGCACACCAGAACCCACGCCGAGGGUCCAGCACUCUUCCAAUGUGACACAUGCUCGAAGACGUUCUCAUCGAGACAGGGCUAUCUGAUACACCACAGAACUCACACCGGAGAGCGGCCCUACGGCUGUAAAUUCUGCUGGAAGGCCUUCAGAGACGGUGGAACUUUGAGAAAACACGAGAGAAUUCACACUGGAGAGCGGCCACACGUGUGCCCUCUGUGCUCAAGAGCAUUCAAUCAGAAGGUAGUGCUGAGGGAGCACGUCCGGUGGGUUCACGCUGCUGGAAAAAACGAGACUGAAGUCGUAGGACCGCCCUUCCCCUGUCCCCUCUGUGGGGCCUUGAAUCAGGACAGGGACGAGCUGUGCGCCCACAUUGUCAAACAUUCAGAUCAGAUGAUUGCCGAGGCCAAGGCCAAGAGUGUCCUGGAUCCUCUUAAUACCAAAAGUAAUAAUAAUAACAAGAAGAAGGCAAGAGGCAAGGGCAAGCAGAAGCUUACCAAGAUAGAGGAUGGAGAGACCCUUCUGCUGGUUGCUGCUGAGAAAACUGAUCAACAGGAGAUGAAGGAAGUUGUUGUUGAGGAGCAUAUCAAUAAUGUACUGAGGGUUCAGUUUGUUGAUGAUAAAGAGAGCACUCUGCAGAUCAUUAGUAAGGAGAAUGAAGCACUCCCUGUUCUGGCUAUUCCCAAUGACGGUGAGGAGUUUGGGGGAGAAAUUGAGACAAUUGACGAUGGAGUUUAUCAAGAGAGUGAUGAUGAGAAGGAACUGGAACUCAUCUGUGGAAUAUGUGGAGAUGAAUUUGGAGAUAAGAAUAAUCUUAUGGAGCAUGUGAAAAUUCAUAUUUAAAACGAGGGCUUGACUGUUGUGAUAUUAUUAACGUGUGUUUUAUACACUUUUAUCAAUGUGAUAAAGUUCUUGUUUUAUCGAAUGGAAUUAGAUUGGUGUUUGAACGAAACCCCUUGUUUUUUUCCAAUUGAGAGCAUUAUCUUACAAUUAACGUGAUAGACACUGUCAAUGACAACAUUGUAAUUUUAAGUAAAGAAAGUAAUAUUUAAGUAAUAUUUAGGGGGUUCAGUUAUCCAUUGUUUAUGAUGUAUAAAAUUGAUCUAGCACUGUUGGCAGAAUAAUUUUCUCUUGGAGGAGAUAUAAAAGUAAUUUUUAUCGAUAAAAAUGGAUUGAGUGAAUGAUGAUGAGCCUUCGAUCAAGUUCCCGCUGAUUUGUCUUAUUGGUUAGGUUCGCCUUCGUUUGUAAACAGAACAUAACAGUGCACACGUGUUCAGUGUUGAUAAGCCACUCAUGGAUUUCAUUUUCUCGGAGAAUAAAGUUAUUUAUUGAAUAAAA